AUGUCGACCUACAAUGAAUACGAUCGGCUCAUUCAUCAGAUGCAAUCAUUUCGCGCGUCUGAUGAGGCCAGAGAGCAGUUUGUUACAGAAAUUCUAGCAAAGUAUCGCGAAUUGUCCGAAGAGCACGCCAACUUGAAGAAUGACUAUUUGAGUGAAAGAGAUAUCAGGAGGAAUUAUCAGAGGACUGUGGAUGAGAAGCAGGCUUUGGUGGGAGAUUACACACGUCAGCUGGAAGCAAGUUCAUUUGUGUUGGCACUAAUUGAUGGGGAUGGAGCUAUCUUUCAAGAUGCUUUACUCCAAGCCGCUGGUGGUGAUGGAGGUUCAGAAGCUGCUUCCCUCCUGUAUCAUGCAAUUCGCGACCAUGUUGCUUCGUUGUACAACAGCUCAGGAAGCUGGCCCAUUAUGGUCCAGGUCUAUCUAAGUCUCGAUAAGCUUGCACAGAAGUUGGCGUCGGUUGGCCUUCUCCGGUCGCCUCAGGAUCUACGAGCUUUUGCGCAGCGCUUCAGCGUCAAUCAGCCCUUAUUUAGUAUAAUCGACGUCGGUCACGGAAAAGAAAGAGCCGAUCACAAGAUUAAGGAAAUGCUUCGUACCUUUAGCGACAAUCCCACCUGCCGUCAUAUCGUCUUCGGUGGUUGCCACGACGCAGGAUACCUACUAAACCUCGAACACUUCAAACACGAUACCGCCAAAUCCAGUCGCAUCACACUUCUGGAGACCACACCUGCCUACCGCGGCUUCGCGGAUUUAGCCAACUUCAAGCGUGCUCGUUUCGACGACGUCUUCAAGAGCGAGCCCCUCCCAGACUACCAGCCUCCAGUGAAUGGCUUCGGUCAAUUUUCUGUACAGUCGCCAGUACAGGCAGCAGUACAACCACUCCCACGUUCAGUCACGAACAACACCAACACAUCAUCACCUACGUUCACUCCGAGAGCUUCUGUCGCGUCUCCCUCACCCAGCGUAACCCCGGUCUCGGCUGCUGCGCCCGGCGAGUCGAAUGGCGACUCUUCCUGGGCCACCGUUGGCAAAGCCGGUGCUCCUGAGAACGGCAGCAUUUCGAUCGCACCUACUACGGCCGCUACUAAGAAAAACACUAAGAAGAGAUACGCUUAUUACAACAAAGCUGGUCAGAGAUUGGAUGAGCCACUGCCAUCGAAAGAUCCUGCUGCCGCAGCUUCGCUCGAAGCACGCAUGAAGAAAGUUGGCAAGAAGAUGUGUAAUCAUUGGCAUCUUGGCGGCUACUGCGAGAAUGGCAAAUUCUGCAAUUUCCAACACGAGCCGAAGCUUACACCCGCUGAGUUGAAUGCCUUGCGCUACAAGACGCGUAGCUUGGCUUGCAAGAACAAAGGCUGCGAGAACAUUGACUGCUAUCUGGGUCAUCAAUGUGCUCUUGAGCGCGACCAUGGAUAUUGUUCGUUCCCCGAGAACUGCCACCUUCGUGCUACGCAUGGCAUGGACAAGGUCAAAUACGUCAGAUACGACAAGGACGACAAUGCAGAUUACGCUCCUUGA